AUGGCCACAGAACGAGAUCCGAACCGUGUGUAUUACCGGGCAGGUGGAUUUGAACAGUCUCGACCUAUCUUGAGAGGAGCAGAAGCUACAAAUACUUUCGAGUUCAUCCCAAUUGUUGACGUCAGCAAUGUCUUCAGCUCGGAUUUUGAAGUCCGCAAGGAAUUGGCCGCAGAGAUAGGAAAGGCUGUAACUGAAGUAGGAUUCUUCUAUGCUAUCAAUCCACCAGUUGAUACGGAGUUGAUGGAUAAAUCCUUUGCCGUGAUCAAGAAGUUCUUCGACUUGCCACUGGAGACGAAGAACAAGUAUAUAUUCACGAAGAGUCCCUGCUUCAAAGGCUACAUGCCCUCCAAGACUCAAGAGAAAUCAGCUCCCGAUCGUGACUCCUUUGCGGUUAGUUCUGACUUCUCCGACCCGGAGCAACACUUCAUCAAAAUUGCCCCUCCAGGAUCGGUGCCUCUCAAUCUAUGGCCUGAUGAAGAGUUGCCCGAGUUCAGAAAAGUCUUCUACCAAUACUUCAGACAAUGCUAUGCGUUCGCGAAGGCACUGAUUCAUUCCUUCGCUUUAGCACUCGAGUUGGACGAAGACAGCUUUGACGAGUUCUUCAAUGCACCGUUGACAGAUGUUGUCAUUCAGCAUUAUCUUGCGGCUCCAGAAAGAAAGGAUCACGAGGAGAUUCUCUUCCCGCAUGCCGACUUCAGUGCUUUUACUCUGCUACUUAACCAACGAGAUAUUCCGGGACUUGAAGUUCUCAAUGCGAACGGAAUCUGGGUUCCGGCACCACCUAUAGAACAUGCCUUUAUCGUGAAUACUGGAGCAUACUUUGAAUUCUUGUCCAAUUCGAAGUUUCCAUCUACUGUGCAUCGUGUCUAUACGAAGCUCGGCAUCGAGAGGUUCUCAUUUCCGAUCUUUUUCUCCCCUGACCCUAGCUCGUUUGUUCGCCCUCAUCCGGCAUUAGUGAAAGAGGGAGAAAAGUCACAACAUACUCCACACCACAUUGGGAAGAGAUACAUUACCGGGCUCGUCAAUAAUGCCCCAGACCAUCCUUGGGUAAAAAAGUUAAAAGCGUCCGGAAUCAAGGAAGAAGACUAUAAGUGGGAACUUCUUUCGCAGCCAUUUCCUGAACAGAACGGAGUCUAA